AUGACCAGAAUGCGCCGGUCUGUGGCGGCGGGGCUGGAUGGGGGCUUGGAGGUGGGGGCAGGGCGACGCACGCCCUGGGGCUGGGGCUGGGGUGGCAUGGAGGCGGAACGCUGCCUUCCUGUCAUCUCUUACCCCACUGGCAUGGUAUUACUCAUGGAUUCUGAAGGGCGCAGGGAGGCGGGGAUGUAUGUGUCAGGACUGCAAGGGGGCUCCAUGCCGGUAUUCGAAUGCGGGCCACUGUGGGACACCCAGGUCUCCACGAUGCUCACCCCGUUCACUGGGAUGGACCUCGCCAUUGGCCGCGAUACUCCCAUGCUGUAG